AUGGUGUCAGGGGAGGUGAUCCUGUCAGUCAACAUCUUUACCUUCUUAAUUGGCCUGCCAGCAAACUCACUCGCCUUGUACUCCUUCAUCAAGAAGCUCCGUGACAAACCCACACCCACUGACUUCCUCCUGCUCAACCUGACCAUAUCGGACCUUCUUUUCCUGCUCUUCCUGCCUUUCAAGAUGUACGAGGCAGCAUCUGAAAUGCGCUGGCUCCUCCCUGGUUACCUGUGUCCCCUUACCACGUUCAUAUUCUUCUCCACCAUUUAUACAAGCUCACUGCUGCUGAUGGCUGUUAGUAUUGACCGCUAUCUGUGUGUGGCAUUCCCAGUCAAAUAUAAGCUCCACCAGAAGCCAAUGUAUGGAAUCAUCUGCAGCAUCUUUGUCUGGAUCACUACGUUAACCCAUCUCUGCUUUGUAUACAUUGUGGAUCACCUGAACGGGGGAGAAAGCCAGGACUCUGACUGCUACAAAAACUUUACUCAGUCCCAGCUGAGUGUGGUAUUGCCCAUGCGCCUGGAGCUAUGCCUCAUUCUCUACUAUCUCCCACUCAUAAUUUGCAUCUUCUGCUACACAAGAUUCAUCCUCAUUCUCAGGCGCACAGCCAGCCUCAAUAAAGGGAAGCGACGGAGAGCUGUUGGUAUGGCCAUUGGCACACUGUUGGUCUUUGUGGUCUGCUUCUUGCCCUACAACACCACGCACAUCCUGGGCUACAUCUUCCACACAAAUGUGAGCUGGCGAGCUGAUGCUUUGCUUCUUACCACUGUCAACACAGUCUUCGACCCAAUCACUUUUUAUUUCUCCUCAGCUGCCUUUCAGGGAAACCUGAAGGGUCUCCUAGGACCCAGUACUAAGACUACUUACACUGGCAAUGGGACAGAAAAUGUCUGCACGACACAGAAUCGAGUGAAACAAGGCAACCAGACUGAAAAUAAACAAGAUAAAGAUGCUGGUGAAUUACAAUGUCCAUAG